AUGGGUAUUGAUAAAAGCAUAGCACAUUUGAGAACGAUUUUAUGUGAGAGCUUUUUACACUUUUUGAGUCAUUUCUUCCGCCAUGUUGAAAAUUUCANAGCUUGUUAUCCGGCUGCGGUGGUUCGCACAAGAUUACAGAUCCAGCGUUGUGACAAGCUUUACAAGAGCACAUGGGACGCAUUCAAAAAGAUAGCAAGYCACGAAGGUUUCGGGGGACUAUACAGAGGUUUUCURUUUGCACAAAUAGGAAUUAUUACAGGAGCGUCGUAUUUAGUUACUUACGAGGUAUCAAGGAAAAAGCUAUCUUACCUGGAUGAAGCAAGCAGAGGUUUCAUUGCUGGUUUUGCCGCCGGAAUCGUCGACCAAUGCAUCAACAAUCCUGUGCAAGUUGUUCUUCAAAGAAGAAUGCUGGAAGGUCAACAYAUCACYCCMAAAGGUCGUAAGCAACUUCGAGGAGCUGCAAGGAUUGUGUUUGAAGUGUAUUCAGAACAUGGCCCAAAYGGUCUUUACCGUGGCUUCGRAGCAUCACUUUUGGGAAGUGGACUAGAUAGUGCCRUGUGGUGGGCAUGCUACGGUGUUCUUUUGCAGCACCUUGGAGAUCGCGUCCCWGAUGGAACACCACAUGUGGUUGUCCAGGGCACUGCAGGCGCUUUAUCCGCAUUUGCUACAACAGUUAUUGGAAACCCUUUGGAUAUUAUCAGAACUAGAUUACAGGUUGAAGGAAAGAAGUCGAUAUCUAAAGUCUUAGUUGAUCUACUAAAGAAAGAAGGCCCAUUAGCUCUAUCUAAAGGAUUGCUUCCAAAUCUAGCCAUGGCUAUACCAACAAACAUGUGUGUCAUAUGUGGUUACGAGACAAUUAAAUGGUUAAGCCUUAAAGAAGAAAUGGUACAACUAUACCAAUAAUUAAAAUUGAAAAUUUCAAUAAUGUGUAAUAAUUUCAUUCAUGGCUUAGUAAUUAUUCUACUAUGAAGUGCUAACCUUUUUCCUUGGCUGGACAAGGGUUAGGUGUAGGACCAUAAUUUCAAUCUGUAUUGUAAUUUUUUUUCAACAAUUUUCAUAAUUAUCCAAAAUAAGUCCCCUUCUGAUCAACAUAAUUAUUGAAAACACAAAAACAGUAAAAUUACUCAUGAAUAUUACAAAAUGCUUAUUUUAUUAUUUCCAUGAUGUAUAUCAUCCYCACAUACAUAUGAUAUCACUCAGUAUUCUAUCUUACAUCCUUUUACCAUGUCAGGCUAUAACUGCCUGUUGCUAUGGUAACUAUCAUACAAUAGAUUAUACUUGAGGGAUUUACUGUCAUUAAGCAUGUUAAUGAGUGCUGUUUCCUCAUUAAUUUCAAUACAUCAUAAUAUAAUAAUAUAAAGCGCCUGCAGUGCCCUGGACAACCACAUGUGGUGUUCCAUCUUUCUAUUUAUAACAAAAAAGCAAAGAGGUUGUUAAACUUGUGAUAUAAAAUUGCUCAAUAAAAUUUCUUUUUCUUUCACAUUUUUCAUUAUUUACUGCUUGGAAAUCUAAGUUAUCCAAGUUAGAGUGCAUACUUCAGUAUAUCCGUGAAAUGUUUUAUUGCAAAUUGAAUUCAGCU